GUGGUGCCCGCCCGGCAGGCCGCCGCUCGCCUACGGCUGUGAGAGUCGCGCGCCCGGCCUGGGGGACUAGCUGGCUCUCGGGCCCGCCCCCGAAGACGUGGAGUGCUGUGGCGGCCGGUGAGUGGGGGAGGGGACCUCGGACCCCCUCGCUCUCGGCGGCGCAGAGCCUGGCAAGUUUGUCAAAGAUGAAGGUGACCUUGUCAGCUCUGGAUACUCAUGAGAGCUCUUUCACGCCUCUGGUUGUCAUAGAACUUGCUCAGGAUGUCAAGGAAGAAACCAAAGACUGGCUGAAAAACAGAAUUAUCGGUAGAAAGAAAGAUGGAGGUGCUCAGCUGUUGUUUAGACCGUUGUUAAAUAAAUAUGAGAAAGAAACACUAGAAAAUCAGAACUUGUAUCUUGUCGGCGCCUCCAGGAUUAGAUUGUUACUGGGGGCAGAAGCAGUGGGAUUGGUGAAAGAGUGCAGUGAUAACACCAUGAGAGCCUUCAUGUAUGGAACACGACACAACUUCAAAGGUUUUGAUGAUGAUAAUGAUGAUUUCCUCACCAUGGCAGAACGUCAAUUCAUCAUCAAACAUGAACUUGAAAGUCUUAGAGCCAGAGAUGAAAAAAUGAUCCCUGGUUACCCCCAGGCAAAGUUGUACCCAGGAAAAUCAUUAUUGAGGAGGCUGCUGACAUCUGGCAUCGUGAUUCAGGUGUUUCCACUGCAUGACAAUGAAGCCCUGAAGAAGCUGGAGGACACCUGGUAUACUCGGUUUACCUUAAAGUAUCAGCCCAUAGAUAGUAUUCGUGGCUACUUUGGAGAAACAAUCGCUCUUUACUUUGGAUUUUUGGAAUAUUUCACUUUUGCCUUAAUCCCUGUGGCGGUCCUUGGGCUACCUUACUACCUGUUUGUGUGGGAAAACUAUGACAAGUAUGUGGUCUUCGCCUCGUUCAACCUGAUCUGGUCCACAGUGAUCCUGGAAGUGUGGAAGCGCGGCUGUGCCAGUAUGACCUACAGGUGGGGGACCCUGGUCAUGAAGAGACAGUUUGAGGAGCCCCGGCCGGGAUAUCACGGGGUCCUGGGUAUCAAUUCCGUCACUGGCAGGGAGGAACCACUGUACCCCAGCUACAAGAGACAGUUGCGCAUUUACCUGGUCUCCCUGCCGUUUGUGUGCCUCUGUCUCUAUUCCUCUCUGUUUGUCAUGAUGAUUUACUUUGACAUGGAGGCCUGGGCCUUGGAUCUACACGAGAACAGCAGGUCCGAGUGGAGCAGUAUCUUGUUGUAUGUGCCCAGCAUCAUCUAUGCCAUCGUGAUUGAGAUCAUGAACCGCCUCUAUCGAUAUGCUGCCGAGUUUUUAACUUCAUGGGAGAAUCACAGAUUGGAAUCUGCCUACCAGAAUCACCUAAUUCUGAAAGUGUUAGUGUUCAACUUUUUAAAUUGCUUUGCCUCACUCUUCUACAUUGCCUUUGUCCUGAGGGAUAUGAAGCUUUUGCGUCAGAGCUUGGCUACUCUCCUGAUUACCUCCCAGAUCUUUAACCAAAUUGUAGAAUCUCUUCUUCCUUACUGGCUCCAAAAGAAGCAGCAUGUGAAGGUAAAGAAGAAGGUGCAAGCUUUAAAGGCAGACAUCGAUGCUACAUUAUAUGAACAGGUUGUUCUGGAAAAGGAAAUGGGAACUUACUUGGGCACCUUUGAUGAUUACUUGGAGUUAUUCCUGCAGUUUGGUUAUGUGAGCCUUUUCUCCUGUGUUUACCCACUGGCAGCUGCCUUCGCUGUGCUAAAUAAUCUCACCGAAGUUAAUUCAGAUGCCUUAAAAAUGUGCAGGGUCUUCAAACGCCCAUUCUCAGAACCUUCAGCCAGUAUUGGCGUAUGGCAGUUGGCUUUUGAAACAAUGAGUGUUAUAUCUGUGGUCACUAACUGUGCUCUGAUUGGAAUGUCACCACAAGUGAAUGCACUCUUUCCGGAGUCAAAAGCUGACCUCAUUUUGAUCGUGGCAGCAGUGGAGCACGCACUCCUGGCUUUGAAGUUCAUCCUUGCAUUUGCCAUACCUGAUAAGCCACGGCAUAUCCAGAUGAAACUGGCCAGAUUGGAAUUUGAAUCUUUGGAGGCACUCAAGCAGCAGCAGAUGCAGCGCGUGGCCGAGAACCUGAAAGAGGACUGGAGGGAAGGCGGGAAGGAGGCGGCGCCCUGAGGGCCAGUGGAGGCAGCAGGCGCCCUCCCCGCGCGGAGCCCCGCCCGCACGCCCGCCACCCGACCUUGCUCUGGAGCCGCCCUGCCCAGCCUGGCACGUGGACGAACCGCCAGCUCCCCGGGUCGCCUUCACAGUGACCGUCGGCCCGUCGGGGUGGCAGGCGGGGGCGUCCAGCGAGGUGCCUCUCUCUGGCUCUGUCCUGCUCUAUGUUCACAGAGGUCGCCGAGCUAUUAAAGGCCUCGUGCCCGCCUGA